GUUGGGGGGACAAUUAAUAUGUGACGGAACAAGGGAAGUAGCAUGAGACAGCAAAUAUUUGAUGGAAGAUGUUAAUAAAGUCUCGGCUUGGAAAGAAACUUUAUUCCCUCGGAGUUUGUGAGGCCAACGAGAAGCCAGCACGAAGGAAGAGUGACACGUUGGAGCAGACAGAAGCUGGGACAGCGAGGAGAAAGCGCCUCAAAGCUGCAACAUGUGGAAUUUGAAGCCGGGCUAUUUCGACAUAAAUGGAGUGCUUACCAAAAAAAAAAAAAAACUGGAAAAAAACCCAGCUGGACCAAAUGAACAACUGCUCAUUGAACGUCCAACAGAUGAACGGUCGCCAAGAAGAAGGUCCCGCUCAGCAGCAGGGGGUGAGUUCCUCUUGGAGGCAGGAGGAUCCACAGCCCCCCCACAUUAAAGAGGAAGAGGCGGAUCUCCCCAAGUUUCCACUGACUGUCGUCUCUGUGAAGACUGAGGAGCAUGAAGAGAAACCACCUGAGUCCUCACACCUUCAUCACAGUCCAAACGUCAGGGAAGAACAUCCUGUCCCUGAGCAACAGGAGUGGAGCGUCACGGCGGUGAAGGAGGAGCCACAGCCCUUCCGCAUUAAAGAGGAAGGCGAAGCGCCACAGAAGGAAGAGGAGGACCUACUGACAUUCUGUGUUAAAGAUAAAGAGGAGGUGCCACAGCCCCAUCAAAUCAAAGAGGAAGAGGAGGAACACAGCAUCAGACAUGAGGGAGAGCAUCUUGAAGGACUGGAGGAGUUCCCAGUGACUGGUGUCCCUGUGAAGAGUGAAGAUGAUGAGGGCAAAUUGUUGGAGUUCCCAGUGACUGGUGUCCCUGUGAAGAGUGAAGAUGAUGAGGUCAAAGGUGAGAGUGAGGAGAAGAAAGAGGCGGAGCCUCCGAGCAGCAGCUCAACAGAAGCUGAUGGAGACCACUGUGGAGGAUCACAAGCAGACAAGCUCUUAGCUCCACUAUCAGAUAGUGAGGACACAACGUCACACUCUCCUGACUCUGAUGAUGAAGACUCUAAAGAGGAUAAGACAUCUCACGCUGACAACACACACCUGACGUGUUCUCACUGCGACAAAACUUUCAGUUUCGGUUGGCAUCUGAAAGUACACAUGAGGACACACGCUGGAGAAACCCCUGUUAUCUGUACAAUCUGCGGGAAAGAGUUUGGGCGUAGACAGCAUUUGAAAAUACACAUGAGAAUACACACUGGUGAAAAACCAUAUUCCUGUUCCAGCUGCAACAAAGGCUUCGGUGACCGAUCAUCACUUGGCGUACACAUGAGGAUACACACUGGAGAGAAACCUUUUUCCUGCGCAGUAUGCGGUAAAGGUUUCGCCCAAAAGGGUGACAUGAAAAAACACGUGAGAACGCACACCGGCGAAAAACCUUAUUCCUGUUCAAGCUGCGACAAAAGCUUCGGCGACCAAUCAUCACUUGUUAAACACUCAAGAAUACACACCGGCGAGAAACCUUUUUUCUGUUCAUUUUGCAAGAAAAGUUUCGCACAAAGUCAACAUUUGAAAAAACACAUGAGAGCACACACAGGUGAGAAAGUGUUGAGUUGCAGUGUUUGAGAUGAAAGAUUCUCUUCUAAGUCCCAGUGUAAGAAACACAAGUGUGCUGGUUAGAACAGCAGCAAAUGAAGAUGCAGGAUUUGAAACAAACUGUCAAAACUUGUGUGUGACAUCAUUGUUGUGUAACACAUUCUUGUUAACAUGUUAGUACCAGGGAUUUUUUUUAGAUUUUUCCUUUUAUUUCAGUCAAGUACGCACAUUAAUAUAUACAAUUUUGUACAUUUCUUGUUGUUGUUUUUAAAUGUUCCAUGAUUAAAACAUUGUACACUGA